UCACUCUUCAACCUGAACACACACUGUUCACUUGUGUCUGGAAGAUCUUCUCUGUUUGAAUACUAUCUAUCUAUCUAAACCUCUGAAUAACAAACAAAUGAGCAACUGUAACGAGGAAGAGGGGAACAGUGCUGAUGUUUGAAGGCUCUGGGAGUUUGAACUGAAUGGCUAUGAUGCUGACGUCAGGCCUCUUCUUCAGCUGGUGUGGGAUGUGAACAACAGCAUGAAGAUGAGAGACACUGAGUAUGAAGCCAGAAGGCUGCUCAUCUCUCCAGAUGCCGUCCCUCCUCAUUUUCAACAUCCUAAGAUCAUCAGCCAGGCCCUGAAGUAUGCCGGGAUCCUGAACGAACAGCAGCAGAAAGGCCCCAAGUCAAAAGUGCUCUGCCCAAUGGAAGUGGUGUUAAAAGUGCUUCCAAAAGUCCUGCAGGGCUUCUGGUUGCCCCCUCCAAACACCUCCUUCAACAUGCCCUCCCAGCAGCUGAGUCAAAUGGCUGUUGGGGUCACAAAAGCAGUUCAGGACCAGGUAUCUAAGGCUCUGUCCUCCGUGCACCUUCAGGCCACUUUCUCCUCCUCCAUCAGAGACAACAUGGAUCUGUCUAUCCAGGAAAAGGUAAGACAGGGUUACCCUCAAGAUGUCCUGGUAAAGAGGCUCAACAGCUUUGCAGCAGAGGUGCUGAACACCAUCACUGAUGUUGCAGUGAGAGAGAUAUGUGCGCUGUUUCAGCCUCAGAUUCCACAAGCUGUUCAGACCCCCACUGAUGAACCUCCUGCACAAACUGCCAUCCAGAAUGACUUUGACAGAAGCCUGGAUGAAACUGAACCAGAACCAGACUCUGUUGGGGUUUCCACUCCACCACGUCCUCUGACCACCACUGAUGAACCUUCUGCCCACACUGCCAGUCCAGAACCAGACUCAGCUGUGGUUCCUACUCUACCAUGUACUCUGACCACCACUGAUGAACUUCCUGCCCACACUGCCAGUCCAGAACCAGAUUCGGCUGUGGUUCCUACUCUACCACAUCCCCUGAUCCCCCCUGAUGAACCUCCUGUUAACUCUGCAGUGGAGGAUAACCUCACAACCAGUGCUCAACCUCACGCACAAACUGCUGUUCAGAGUAUCUUAACCAGAAGCUUAGAUGAAACCCAGAAACAGCAAGAACCCAGUCCAGAACCAGACUAUACCUUUGUUGAUGAUGAUGCAGAGGCCAGUACCAGCUCUACUGAAGAUGAGGAGCCUGGUCUGCAGGAGGAGAUCAAAGAAAUGAUCUCUGCUGUCAUUACUACCCUACCAGCUCCAGCUAAACCUUCUGCCCAUAUUGUAAUCCAGAAUGUCUUCAACAGAAGCCUGGGUGAAACUGAGAGACAUACAGAAUCAGACUCUGUUGUGGUUUCUACUUUUACAGCAGUCAAAAAGACAAACAAGAGCAAAUUCAGAUGUUUUGUGAAUUGGCUGCAAAAAAACUGCUGCUGUUUCCCGUCUGGAGACAACGAAGUGAACUGAAAUUUCCCUCUGUGAAAACUUUGUGUAGAGAUGUGGUGUUUGUUUUUUUUAUUGUUCAUUUCACUUGUUGUAAAUAA